UCUUGAGAAUUGUAUCUGUGGCUACUGCUGUUUUGCCAGUCUGUCUGUCCCCAAUAAUGAACUGCGUGGUGGGCGAGGUGGGCUCCGGGUGAAGCGGCAGGGCGGCUGCCUCAUCGAUGGCAGCGCGAUGCCGCUCCCGCCAUCGGGCCCACGCUGCCGGACAUCGUCGUGAUCUUGGCUUGUUCGCUCAAUGUCGUUGGGUUCUCCUUGUCCGCUGAGUUUUGAUACACCGCUUCUGUUGAGCAAUCCUGGUGUGUUAAAAACAAUGUUUUAACUUUGUCUUUGAUGAUUUAUUACUAUGCUUUCCUUUGUCGCAGAAUUACCAUAAUCAGGAAAGGGAGGGAGCAAAGUUGUUGGCCGAUGAUGAUAUGAGAUUGACAACCUGUUUCCUGCAUCCUCUAGGAGUAGGAUUUUGAAAGCGUUUUGGGAAGUAGACUGGAGACCAAGACGAUGGUAAUUUUGGUGAUGUGAGACGGUGUGGUAGCCACCCAAUUAGUCGUAAUUCUGCGGCCGCAUGUUGUGACUCAACUUGAUAAUUAUGUGUUUCACCAAACAACAUCACAUAUUUUCAAGAGGAGUGGCCGAAGGAGAACUUUUCUAUGUUGUUAAUGUAUAGUGCUGGGAUUUAUGCUGAUUGCGCUGAUUUGGAAGUUCGAUUUCUCGCCGUUUAUGAUCCUGGUCAUUGCCAUUCUCAACGACGGCACAAUCAUGACCAUCUCCAAGGACAGAGUGAAGCCAUCCCCACAUCCAGAUAGCCGGAAGCUACUGGAGAUCUUCAUCACCGGCAUCGUCUAUGGUGCCUACCUUGCUGUGUUGACCGUGGUGUUCUUCUUCGCCAUGACUAGCAUCGACUUCUUCAGCGAGAAGUUCCACGUGCGUUCGCUAAGGAGCAACAAGGACGCGAUGAUGUCUGCCCUCUACCUUCAAGUGAGCAUCAUCAGCCAGGCCCUCAUCUUCGUCACCCGGUCGCGCCGCUGGUGCUUCCAGGAGCGCCCGGGGCUCUGGCUCUGCUUCGCCUUCGUCGUCGCGCAUAUCAGAACGGGUGUUCGGUGACUGAGAUAGCUUUAGUGAGUUGAUGGUUUGACUUGCUAGGUAUGCCUGCAAGGAGGACACUGUAAUUUGGUCCAACAAAGGUUCUCAUUCUGAAAGAAACUGCAACUAUGCAAGAGCUUAUUGACGGAGAUUAUGAAAUUUGCAGUUCAUGUUAUGGACAUCAGAUUGAUACUUUACCAAAGGUGCACCAAUCGGCCCUCCGUCUCCUAGGGUGAUGGUGUAAUGACAUCUAUAGCGGCAGCAAUUACGCACAGAUUGAUGCGUCAUGCUCGGGCAGUAAUAGUCUAAGCUUCAUCGUGUAACAAGCUCCACCUGCGUGCACAGGUAAGUGGUUCUGGUACUGCUGCUAUUUUUGUUUGUUAUAUUUGUUGCCAGUCUGAUUGCUACUAUCUACUGUACGUGCUUAUUGUUUGGCUUUGAAGAGAUAUUUGCUCGAGGUUAUGCCAAUUAAUUUGAAAGCAGAUGGUAAACUGUGAUUUGCUCCUCAAUUUGUACUGUAUCUGAGAUCUAAUGUGUGCCGGUGUGCAGCUAAUCACUAAAUAUUUCCAGUGUGCAGCUUGUGAAAUCUUUCAAAGCUAUAUUUCAAAGCAGAUGGUAAACUGUAAUUUCAAAGCAGAUGGCAAACUGUAAUUUCAAAGCUAUAUUUCCAGUGUGCAGCUUGUGACAUCUUUCUCCGUCUUUGACAUCUGAUUUGGUAAAUAUUUGUGGUGCUGAACCACACAUGGUUAUUGUACCUAAUAUCAUUCGUAUGUAUUGUAGCUAUUUUUGAUGCUUUGGAUGGUGAACAGAAAAUUAUGUGAAUGACAUUAACAACAAAUGGUCUAGCGAAUGAGGCCCUGAUUGGAUGGCACUGGCAAAUGGAUCAUCAAAGUAUAUGUUUUAAUUUUCCAUGGAGACAUCUUUUUAACUCUUCAUGCAUUAGGGUUCAAAAUUAUUGUACAUAUAUUACCUUC